AUGACAAUACCUUAUAAUUUAAAUCUAAAUUGGGUUUCACCAAUUAUCACUGCUUUGUCAAUGUCAACAAGCCCAUCUAUUUUAAAUUUAACCUCAGAUUUAUCACAUUCAAUAUCAUCUUCACAAAUAGUAACAUCAUCACCAUCAUCAUCAUUAUUAAUGUCAUGUUUCCCACAAAUAGCAACAAAAGUAAGAGCUUCAUCAUGUUUUCCAUUUGGACGUCGAUCAGACAAUGUAUCAUUACUAUCCCCUGCUUAUCCACAGAUAAAUAUAAAUACUGAUAAUUUGAUCAAUCAUGAUCAAGAUGAUGAGAAACCGUUAGAUUUAACUUUGAAAUCAUUUACAACAAUAAAAUCAGAUGAAUUAACUAAGAAAAAGUUGGAUAAUCAAAAUUCUAAAAUUCCUUGUAGACGGAAAUCAAAUAGGACACGUACACAAACAAAAGCAACAUCAUCCACAACUAUGAAGAUAACAAACACUUCAGAAAAACUCAAUCCAACAAAUCAAGAUACUCAGACCAAUCGUCAAGUUGAAAUGAUUCAACAGUCAGAAAGUAUCACAUCCUCAUCUACAAAUAAUAAUAAUAAUAAUAAUAAUAAUAAUAAUAAUAUAAAUGGUGCAGAAUUAUGUCAGAAUAAUUGGAUUACAGAUAUUCAAGAUUCGAUACAAAUAAAUGAAUCUGAUCAGAAACGUCCAAGAUCAACAUCUAGUCGUAGACCAUUUAAAGCAUUUGGUAAUACAGUUCCAUCAAUUUCUACAGAACUUUUAUUGAAAUCUUCUAAACUUAUUGAUCCCUUAUUAUUAGUGAAUACUAUUGAUAAAACUGAAACCGAUGAUGAUCAAUCCAAAUCUAUGGAACAUAAUAUUGAACAAAAAACCACAUCAUAUACACCACCUCUUUCACCAACAUCAGUAAUUUCUACUCCUACAACAAAUGGGAAUAAUUCUAAACGAAAAUCAACGGUUAAAAUAAAAUCACGGAGAUCUCAAAGUGCUUCAGCAAUUGUGUUAAUACCAUUCAAUCAAUCAGAAAAUACUAAUGAUAAUAAUAAAAAUAUAACAAUUGACGAGACAUUAUCUACAACAAAAUCUUUAGAAACUCUUUGUAAACUCGACAAACCUGUUGAUUUACUCACAACAACAACAACAACAACAACGGCACAAUCAAUCAGAUCUAUUUCAUCAACACCUAGUUGUUAUUCCAGUUAUUCUGAAUUAAUCGAUGCCAAUCAUCAUCAUAAUAAUAAUAACGAUUCAACAAAUAUUAAACAUACUGAUUGUAAUCCACGUAUGAGACGUUUCCCAGAAAUGACACCAUCUGAAGUAAAAGAUAAAGCAUAUUGGGAGAAACGAGUUAAAAAUAAUGAAGCUGCUAGACGUUCACGUAGAGCAAGAAAAACUAAAGAAUUAAGUUUAAAAAAAUAUGCUGAUAAUUUAGAAAAAGUAAAUUUAAAAUUAAUUGAAGAAAUUGAAUUAUUAAAAACAGAAAUUUUACAUUUAAAAUCUAAUAAAGAAAUGAAAAAAUCAAAUAG